CUGUGAGCCAGCCGUCUGUGUUAAUCACUGUGGCUGGUCCUCUCCUCCGUUGCCACCACCACCAGCUUAUAACCGCGGACCCUCAACAGGCGCCACAAUAGGCUACCGGCAACGCUGCUAGGAAAAGCAUCCUCCAGCACACCCUUUACGGCAGAGGGAGGGAGCUGAUGUCCUCUACAAUAAGGCUGUAAUUUGAAACGAUGUUUCCUCCACUUGGGGAGCAAUGAAGUAUGACCCACCAACGACCCGAUCACCCAACCACUCCUUUACCCCACCGUUGACCACUACCACAGGUACAGAUAAGCAGCAUGAAGGAUGUGUCAUGGGUGACGGGGCUGUGGUGGUGGUGGUUGCUGGUGGAAGGGACGUGGGGGUCAGUGCUGAAACAGUACGUCCUCCUGCCCUACGGCCUGCCCAGCGCUCAGCAGACUAACUUUUCUGGCGCCAAGGCCAGUCUAGUGCUGUGCGCCCACGCCUGUGACACUCAGACCGGGUGUCAAGCCUUCAUCUGGCAGGAGAGACAGAGUGUGGAGUGCGUACUGUUGUCACAGCUGCCGGGCUACAAGAACACCCCCACCACAGGCCUCCACACCUACAUCACCACCAACGUUGGGGGCGUCCGACUUAUCUACCUCCCCAAUGUUUUAACAUGGAAAAAUGCCACGGCCCAGUGUGCCAAAAGUCCGGGGGGAACUCUUCUGAAGCCUCCUCUGGUCGUCGAGACAAUAAAACACAUCUCCAGCUUCGCGAUGGUGGUGUUCUUGGAUGGGUUUGUGGGCACUGACUCCAUCCUGAGGGAUAGUUCUAAUAACCAAAUUGACCUGAGUGGCAAGUGGGCCAGCAACCAGCCCAGUGGAGCGUCUGGCAGAAGUGGAGAAGUUUUAGCUCUCACCAACAUAGGAUACUACACCCAACCCCCCUUAACCCAAUCCAGCGACACUGCCGCCCUUUGUAUUCUUCCUUAGACCUCUUGUUGCCCAACCACUUGGGCUGGAUUGUAGAGCGACGGUCUUGCUUCAUGCAGGUCGGCGUUCAAUCCCCGACCGUCCAAGUAGUUGGGCACCAUUCCUUCCACCCGUCCCAUCCCAAAUCCUUAUCUUGACCCCUUCCAAAUGGCAAUUCCCUUGUCGCUCCCUGCUGCACACUGCCCUCCGGAAUGUGGGUGCUGCCCGCUCUUAACUGAUGGGCCGCAUGUCUGGUGAUCGUGUCGCCCAAAUAGCAAAUUUACAGAAAUGAUGAACUAACAGCAGCAUUAGGUGAUUGGAAAUACGCCCAACCAUUUGUCCCGUCCGGGAUUUGAAGCUAGAAUUCCCGAUUGUGAGUCGAGAAGGGACCAUUUGCGCUCUUCUUUAAAGAUUUCCCCGGCGUAUUCGAGUAAGUCAAGUUUCAGGGUAGAUAAUACCCUUGUUAGCAGUUAAUUGAGUCCUAGCUGGCUCUGGGUACAAGGGACAGGACGAACAACCCAGCGGCUUUUCCUCCUAAAGUCAAGUAAAGUAAAUUUUAUUCAGGAAAGUACAUACAUAGUUGAUUUACAAACAUAAUGUUGGAUUUAUAGAUAGAGCUAGUACAUACAAUACCUAAAGCCACUAGGGCUAUUGGAGGUUGUUAUGCAUUCUGUUACGGCGGUGUAAUAUUUAUCCGCAGGAUAACUGACGCUAUUCAGUGAACACCCGGCUUUCUCUGGGCAAAAUUAAAAAGAAAAUAUACCUUUGUUUACAUUCUCGUAGAGACUCUUUUUCCUAAGCGCCAGAUGAAGAAUGACGUCACUGAUAAAUGACGUCAGGUUUGUGGUUUGAUGUGUGUUACGCAAACGAUCAAUUUUCUGUAAGCAAGACGUCAUUUACAGUAUCUACUUUUCGAUUUGUUUAUCAAUUAAUCAUUAACAUGCCAGUGCUAUAUUUUGAGACAAGGUACUCAAUAUACACACAAGUAAAACAGUUAAAUCUCUUGAAUGGUUAUUUGAAUAUUUUAAGUAAACUCGUCAGUUUACUCUACAGUACAGCAACAUAUAGUCUAUUCUUAAAGCUUCAUAGAGAUUGACUGCAGUUAUAUAUAUAUUACUCUCCUUUAGGUACAUGCUAAUAAGUAUACAAUAUAAUAACACUAUUUAGUAGUAGUGUAGUAUUUAGUAUAACUGGUAGUAAUAGUAGUACAAGUUUAAUAGUAGUAGUGUAGUGCUAUAUAAUAUUUUUUUUCAUUUCACCUGUUCACCUAGCAGCAAGUAGGUACUCAGGAGUUAGUCAGCUUGUUGUGGGGUUGCCUCCUGGGCGGGGUCAGUAAUUCAACCCGAGGGGUACUUCGAUAAAAGCCUAACGUGUAUGAAUACACUCUGGCUUCCUGUCCCCCGACACAUUGAAUUAUACUAGUGCAAUUGUAAUAGUCGAAUUAGUAGCAGCAACAACAGUAGUAGUAAUGGGCGAAACAAAAAAAAUCAUCUGUUGUGUCGUACACUGUGGCAUGUUGAGCUUGAAGCUGUUGUCCCCACAUAUGCAUUACAUUUGACCAUUUUAAGGUAGUGAUCUGGAUUAAUAUCAUCCAACUUGUCAAGUAUUUCAAAGGUCUCCAUGAGAUCAGCUCUGUCAUGUCUGGUUAGCAGAGUUGUUAGUCAACCCUGAACGGAAACCCGUCAAUCAUUGCUGGUAUGCGAGUUGACAUAAUUCUGGAAUAAUUUUUGUCGCUUUUGGAAUAAAUUAUGUCGCUCCUGUGUUGAACGUUCUCGAAAGCAGCUUGUUGAGCUUGUUGAAGGUGGAGUUCUCCAUUCUGGGAUACAAAUCCCAGUGGGAACAAUAUCCAAGAAUGGCGUUGGUUCGACGUCGAAUCAGUGUUAUCAACAUUGAUUCGACGUCGAUCUUUGACACUGUGCUUACUGGGAUGGAGGCUCGCCAGAGGCUUGAAAGUGCAGUUGAAUAACUAAUUUAAUUUAAUUCAAGCUGGUCGUGUAAUGUGUACAAUGUACCAUUAGCUGGUCCAACCACCUUGACUGGACGGUAGAGCGACAGUCUCGCUUCAUACAGGUCGGCGUUCAAUUCACCGACCAUCCAAGUGGUUGGGCACCAUUCCUUUCCCCCCGACCCAUCUCAGAUCUUUAUCCUGAUCCCUUCCAAGUGGUAUAUAGUCGCAAUGGCUUAGCGCUUUGCCCCUCAUAAUUCCCUCCCUCCCCAUUGGCUGGUCCAUCGCAUAUAAUAGUUUAAUUUAAUGGGGUUGGCAGCAAGUUUUACUUAACCAGCUUGUACACAGGCUGCCUGCUGGGGGUGUUGGCAUCACUCGCUGGCCUGUCAACAACACGUGAUAAUUUGUCUCUAAGCUGUGCUGGUGAUGUUAGAUAUCUCCUGACCUUGCUCCACAAGGUCGAGUUUACCUACAUCAUUCUUUCGCAUAUAACGGAGAAUGUUAUGACGCAUUUGCUACUUUUUUAUUAAAUAUUUUAUUAAAUAAAUUAAGGCUACAUAUAUGUAAAAAUACUAAUAUUAUGUAAUCUCACAAAACCAUUAUACCUACUUGUACAUAAAUUAUUAUUAUUAUUAUUAUACUUCAUUAUUUCUCGAAU